CUCAGUUGACUGUCAAACUUAUGCCAUCAUCGAAUUUGUAUGUUGUCGAUUGGUACGAUGCUUACAUUCGACAAUAUAUUUACAUGGCAUAUUAUGAAAACGUGACCAAUUUUUUCCUAUUUUAAACAUUCAAAUGGAGAAUUUGGAAGCCGUAAAUUGCACCAAAGAAUAGUGGAAAACAAUAUAAUUAUCAAUUUCGUAUAAGAUAAAAAUGUCGAAGAAUGGCGAGGUGUCAUCAAACCAAGGCCCGAGUAGACCGACUAUGCCGAAGCCUGAGUUGAACUUAUUUGGUUUGGAGAAGCGCAAAGGUUUGAACCUUCAGAUAGCCGGAGGUCCAUCGGGGGACGGUGCAGCAUUUAUGCCAUUUCCUGCAAACCCGCCUCCUGUACAGAGACCCCGAGUUCCGUCUCGUACUAUAAGAGAUGUAUUGCCUGAAAACACAAGAGACAGAUGUAGGAUAUAUCCGUCCAUGCAAUCAUCAGGCAAGCUGCAAUUGUCUGCAACAGAAAUCUAUGAUUUCACAUCUGAUGAUCUGCAGGACCUUGGUGAAAUAGGCAGGGGUGCAUUUGGAGCAGUUAACAAAAUGGUCCAUAGAAAAACAAACCGUGUGAUGGCAGUGAAGCGUAUCCGCUCCACUGUUGAUGAGAAGGAACAGAAGCAACUAUUGAUGGAUCUUGAAGUUGUGAUGAAGAGUAAUGAAUGUGUAUACAUAGUGCAGUUCUAUGGAGCACUAUUUAAAGAGGGAGACUGUUGGAUUUGUAUGGAGUUAAUGGAUACUUCAUUAGACAAAUUUUAUAAGUUUAUAUGUGAAAGGAUGCAGACUCGAAUACCUGAAAACAUUUUAGCUAAAAUAACACUUGCAACAGUGAAAGCUUUAAAUUAUCUAAAAGAAAAAUUAAAAAUAAUUCACAGGGAUGUGAAACCAUCAAAUAUUUUAUUGGACCGAAGAGGAAACAUAAAAUUAUGUGAUUUUGGUAUAUCUGGCAAGCUAGUGGACUCAAUAGCACGCACUCGAGAUGCUGGGUGCAGACCGUACAUGGCUCCGGAGCGCAUAGAUCCUGGACGAGCCCGCGGCUACGAUGUCAGGUCAGAUGUCUGGUCACUUGGCAUUACUCUCAUGGAGGUAGCAACCGGCGCCUUUCCUUACCCGCGCUGGGGAUCUGUGUUUGAACAGCUACAACAGGUUGUACAGGGUGACCCACCGAGGCUAACCAACACCAACAAUGCUUUCUCCAACAACUUUGUGAACUUUGUCAAUACUUGCCUCAUCAAAGAAGAAAAUCAAAGACCUAAAUAUAACAGGUUAUUGGAACAUCCAUUUAUUAAAGGUAUUGAUCAAAGUAGGGCUGAUGUCGCUGCAUAUGUUUGUGAAAUAUUAGAAGCCAUGGAGCGCAAUGGUGUAAGUCCUUUCACAACAGACCAGCCCGCACAGGCAUGGGUUGAUUAAUUAAUAAUUAUCCAAAACUAUUGUGUGGGAUAUUUGCUUGAUAUAAAUUUAAUAACACCAAUUCACACUUGCAAUAUUUUACCAUACAUUUUUAUAAAUUCAAAUUCUGCUCAAGGAAUAAAUUGUUUGUUAAGGAGAUACUAAAUUGUAACAAUUCCUACUACAUGGGUCAAUGCAUUAAGUUUUUCUUCUGAAACAAUUUUUGCUUUAUAAAAAGCAAUGCACAAGUGUAUAAUCCUUGAAAAACUUAUAUUCUAUCAGAUUUUGUGUAGUCUGUACACAAAGUUAUAGAAUAUUAUGAUUUUUUAUAUAUCCUACUACUUCAUAUAAAAUGGGCUAUUUUUAGUACUGAAGCCCUUCUAUUUUCCUUGGAUUUUCUAUUACUUUCCUUUUCCGAGUUAAAAAUAAUAGCAGCUUUAAAUUUUUUAAAAGAUUUAGGAAAUUCUUUGACACUUGUGCAUUAUUCUAUAAAAAAACAACUAUUGUUUCAGAAGAUACAAAAUCUUAUUAAACAGUAUUAACCAAUAAUACUGUCUUUCCUAACUUUCCGAAUUCUUAUUUCUUUAUUAUAAUAAUAGUUCUAUGUCUAAUGUGAACUAUCAAAUUAUAUUCUGUGAAUAACAUAAACUACAUUGUGCAAUGUACUUAACAAAAUAAAUGAGAGAGAACAUGAAUGCAUUCAAUAUUUACUAUAAGAGAGCUUCAUUGCUGCCUUAUUUAAUAUUGUUAUGUUAUAUGUUACUAGGAUUUCCAUACAAUAUAGUGUCUUCUUAACAAAAAGCUUUAAAAAAUUGCAAAAUAUUAGUCACUUUCAGGUAACUUCCUACUGUGAUUUUGUUGUUAUAGUCUUUACAAAGCAUUGCCAUCACAGGUAAAUAGGAUGAUUAACAACUGAAUGUGACUAAUAUAAUAGGCACCAAAUCAGUUACUGAGUAGUACAUUAGGGCAACUAGGAAAAUUGUUAAUUGAUUUAUCAUAAAUAAAAUGUGAUUGUGUUUUUUAGAAGUGUAACAAACUAUGAUAAUAUUAUCUUUGAAAUUUUGUAUAAUAUAAAUAUUGUUAUUACCAUGAAUGCAGAAGCUAUUAACAAAAACUAGGGUGCAUGUAGCAGUAUUGCGAUUAUUCCUAUAAAACUGGAAAGAUUUGAAAAUAUCAAUAAAACAUUGAGUUGAUAAUAAUGCAAGAACCAUUAGACAAGUUUCGAAGUCUCAGUAUUCAUGGUAGUGACAAACUUCCAAAUAAACAUUCUUUAUUGUACUUAGGUACACACAUUCACUUAAUGCAAGGGCACAUCACGUAAGGACGGCCAAUUAGUUACAUGUGUGUUAUUAUAUAUUUUCUGUUGUUUGCAAUAUUGAACAAUUUAUUUAGCAAGCCAUAAUGUUAGAGUUGUUUAAGCCUGACUAGCCCAUUUAGGUACAAAUGUAAUGCGGGAUGUUGGUGGUGACAAUAAUUUCUCCAGAUAAUUUUACAGAUGAUAAUAGUAUGUAGAUAAGAGAUAAAACUUGAUAGGAAUUCAAGUUUCAUAACUUUAGUACCUACUGAUUUCAUAUAUAGCAAGUGUAUGUAAUUGACAUCUACUUAUUGCCACUAACAAAAAUCUGCUUCACUGCAUUUAAGCUUUUAUGUUAAACUCAGAAGCAAGAGUAAUACAUAAAAUAAACUACACAUAUUAAGAUGAAUAUAAUAUGGUGAUUUAUUACAUGUUAUACAUGUAUUUGCUUAUUGAGUUGUUUCUCUGCAUUUUCAAGUCACUAUGAUUUUGAAUUCAAUAUUAGUACUCUUUAAUUUCGAUAAAGGCAGUUGAUAAGACAAAUAAUAGCGAAAAAUCUGUCAUAAUGCCAGCUUUUGGCUAUUUCAACAAUCAAUAGAAACUAACCAUUAAUGAAAUUGUUAAGGUUCAUGUUCAGUGUUAAUUUGCCAAGAUUUUCCCAAGUUUAUUGUUUUAUUGUUAUUAUGAUUUACAUGUUCAAGACUUCAAACAUUUCUGGCUUAGAUAACUGUUAAAAUGUACAAUAAUUUCAAUAUACUUCUUUGGCUGGCUGACUAAAAUGUUUGGGUUAGGAAAUGAAUUACAUGUAAGUGAUUUUAUAAAUUUGUAUAUACCAACUAAAUAAUUAUUAUAAAUUUUAUGAUUGUAUGUUAUUGUUAACCAUAGUUGGGUCAGAUAUUGCCUUCAGGUUGGAUAAAUAUGUUUCAUCAUGAGUUGUUGCUUUUCUGCUUGUAAUAUUUUAUGCUUCAUCUCUAGAGUUGAAAACAACAUUUUAAACUUUGACUGUCAAAAAUCAAUGGCCUGUGUUAUUUUGUAUAAUUUAUGGUAUGCUGUCUACCCUUUAGCAUUGAAUACUGAUUUUAUUCACUAUCUUAGGUACACAUGAAUGAGAAUUGUUUUAAAAUUAUAGAAGAAAAGUCACUUGCAAAUUGUUUUAACAGUGUAUUUAAUCUAAAUUCACCUAUUUAUAAGAUGUGGUUCUCAAUACUACUGUAUGUUUAAGAAGUAGAUUGGUAACAUUAUGA